AUGAAGGUAAAGGCUGACAGAGACGAGUCUUCUCCUUAUGCUGCAAUGAUGGCUGCUGCUGAUGUAGCAGCACGCUGCAAGGAGUUGGGUAUUACUGCUGUUCACGUCAGAGUGAGAGCAACAGGAGGAACCAAGAGCAAGACGCCAGGACCCGGCGCUCAGUCCGCACUCAGGGCUUUGGCUCGUUCGGGCUUGCGCAUCGGCCGCAUUGAAGAUGUCACCCCAAUCCCCACCGACAGCACCCGCAGAAAGUCAGGAAGAAGAGGGCGCAGGCUGUGA